UUGUGUUUCUUCAACCAAAAUUCUUGUAUUUUCUAAUGUCAUAAAGUUCUCUCUAAUCAACAAUAACAAAGAAACUAAAGUAUGAGGUCAUCCAAAAUGGCUCUUGGUCGACGAGGAAGAUAAAUACAUGUAUACAUACACAAAUGUAUGUAUAGUUUUACUUUUUGAGAACCUAUAUCUUAAUUUUCAACGGAGUCAAAAACUCACUAUUUCUACCGUAGGAGAGAGCUCCUUUGUGAAACUGUGGUAGUGUUGUUUUUUAGAGGGCUGAGAUAGUCGUUUUCUCCUUAGGGAAAUGGAAGGGAAGUCGUCAUAUCUGCAACAGGUCCAUUUCCAAAUUGCUGUGACAAGAUACGCAUCUGAGUCCUCCCAAUGACUAAAUAUUCAGAAUUAUAAAAGCCUGAGAAGAAAGAAAAUAGAAAACUACAUCAUCACACCCUCGUAAUGAAAAUUUACUCAAUACUUAUAACAACCAUCAGAUUCGAACAGAGUCGGGGAGUUAACCAAGGCAGCUGCCUAGAGCCCCCAUUUUUGGAGGGGCCCCAUAUUUGAGAAAAUAACCUAUUAGUAAGGAUAUGUUCGGCUCUUCAGUGCUUCAUUUCAACCUCUCAUACAUGAGCAGAGGAUAGAAACUUCAUGCGAAAAGAUUAAAUGAAAAUACUCUAUAUAGUUCAAACAAGCUCAAGUGUUCGGCAGUUAUCCCAACUUUAGAUGGAUAGAAUUGUUGAUAACUAUUGAUUAUUGUUAGAGGGAUAGAGGAUAUAGAGUGGCUCGGUGACAGGGUGAGGUACGCAAGAUUUAUUUUAUUUUCAUUUCUUUAAUUUGGACUACCUCCAUCUCUUUAGGUGUGUUUGAGAGUUGGGUUUUGGAGGGGAGAAAGGAGGUUAUAAUAGAGUAAUUAAUACCCAUUAAUUAGGUUUUCAUAUUUAUUAUGUUUCCUAUUGUAUUCAGGACUCUUUAUUAUAUAUAUGACAUCUAGGGCUAUCUAUUGGGUAAGUCAUUCCAUUAUUCUCGCAUGGUAUCAAGAGCUCUAGGUUUUAGCCGCAGCUAUUUUUUUUCCGGACCUAUGGCUUCCUUCGGCUCUCCUACCUCCGCCGCACAACCAGUCACAACCGCCGAAUCGGCUGUGACUGCAACUCUGCCGAGCGCAACGGAAACUGCUUCGCCGACGGCGGCGCUCUCCUCCAGGGAUGACCCGCUCCGCUCGCACCCCUACUCGAUGUUCUCUUUCACAGUUCCGGCAGCGUCGUGGGUCCCUCCCAUCUUUACUUGGACUCCGUCAGCGCCGACUUUCCGCCCCAUGGUUCAGCCGCAACGCUCGCCGCCUCCAGAUGUUCCGCACCACACCGCCAGCACCUCCGGCGUCCCUCGGUUCGCAGGGCCAACGUUGUCAGGCAGUCCGGGUGUCCAUCUGCCUUCGGUUGGAACCAUCGGUCAACAGCCCACUCCUAUGCCUACAUCUUAUGCAUCGCUUACUCAAGGUGUGACAUUUGGAGGUUCCGUUACACAGAUCGUGACCUCCAAAUUAGUGGUUGUUGAAGAUUAUUCACCCUGUCGCACUCAAUUUGAAUCCUUUGUAGUUGCCAACGGCCUUUUGGGUUUUCUGGAUGGCUCUCUACCAGCUCCGCCUAUGUAUACCUAUGACUUAUAUCAGGCUCAGUCCCCGAAUCCUGAAUAUUAUUAUUGGCUUAAAUUAGAUCAGGCAGUACGUGCUUGGCUAUUUGCUACUUUGUCUAGAGAUAUUUUGAUGGAAGUCCACUCCUUGAAGAAUUCUGUGUCCAUCUGGCAACGUUUGGAAUCUCGAUUCAUGGCAGCCAGUCUUGCACGCUCCAUGGAACUAAAACAAAUGCUUCAGCGUUCCAAGAAAAAGGAAAAUCAAUCCAUGGAGGAGUAUGUUCGGGGAAUUCAAACUAUUGCUGAUAAUUUGGCAGCCAUCAAUGCACCGGUCUCCAAUGCUGAUCUCAUUGAAAUUACUCUUUUAGGAUUGGGGCCGGGUUAUGAGUCACUAGUGGGAGCUCUUACCUUGUUUCCCGAAGGACUCACUUUUGAUUCUCUAGGCACAAAAUUGGUCCAUCAAGAUGCCCGUCUCCGCUAUCAACAGUCCUUGGAACCCACCAUCCCUACACCGGCGUUUGCUGCAUCCAGUUCCGCAGGGGGGGUUCGCAUUCGGGCACUGCUCCAUCUCCGGCCAAUCAGCAGCAAUCUUCUCGCGGAGGGCGUGGCGGACGGCGUGGCAGCCACGGACGAGGGCGCGACAGAGGACGGCACCGGCAGCCGCAGACGUACGGGCCUCCUUCCUAUUACGGCCAGCAACAGUUCCAACAGUCUGGCCGCGGUGCAAAUCAGCCAAAUCAGUGGGGACCGGCCGGGAUCUCCAUCUUUUGAGAAUAGUUUUGGUUCGGUCCCUCCCCCUGUUGUGUGUCAAAUCUGUUAUUCUCCAGGUCAUUCAGCUGCUCACAUGACAUCAAAUGAAGGACACAAUUUCGGGGAAGGUGCUCCUCCAAGCUUCCAGUAAUGACGGCGUUUAUCCUAUUUCCUUCACACAUCCCUCACCAGUAGCUCUCAUCUCACAUGUUGCUCCCGGCCCGGUCUGGCAUCGUCGCUUGCGACAUUGUGGAAGUCGUAUUUUAGAUAAAUUAAAAAAAUCUGGCACUAUUACUAGUACUUCUAGUUUUUCUCAUGACUGUAUUUCUUGUCGCUUAGGCAAGUCACAACGAUUACCUUUUCAAGAAGUGUGGCAUAAAUCUACUGCUCCCUUAUUUUAAUUCAUUCUGAUGUUUGGCAGUCUCCUAUUCUUUCUGUGAGUGGUUUUAAAUAUUAUGUCUUAUUUAUUGAUGACUUUUCUCGAUUUACUUGGCUUUAUCCCAUGCGCCAUAAAAGGGAAGUCAUUACACAUUUUCAACACUUUAAAUCAAUGGUGGAAAAUUUACUAGAUUCUAAAAUUAAAAUUUUUCAAAGUGAUGGCGGGGUGAAUUUGAUAAUCAUGGAAUGCGUGAUAUUUUUGUCAAAAAUGGCAUUUUAUUUCGCAAAUCAUGCCCCGAUACUCCUGAGCAAAAUGGUGUAGCUGAGCGUAAACACAGGCAUCUCCUUGAAUUAACUCGCACUAUGCUUUUUGAAGCAAACAUGCCUGCUAAAUUUUGGGUAGAUGCGGUGUUUACCGCAACAUUUAUUAUUAACCGUCUUCAUACACCUAAUUUAAAUGGCAUAUCUCCUUUUGAAAAAUUAUUCCACCAUUCUCCUGACUUCUCUUUUAUGCGUGUCUUUGGAUCAGCCUGCUUUCCAAAUUUUAAUGCCACAUCUGCCAACAAGCUUUCACCUAGAUCCACUUUAUGUGUAUUUUUAGGAUAUGCUCCUGAAUAUAAAGGUUAUCGUUGUCUCGAUCCUAUUACGAACAAGAUUUACAUCAAUAGAAAUGUGCGAUUUUAUGAAAAUUAUUUUCCAUAUUCUGUUUUAACUUCUUCCACAUCUCCCACGAAUUUGUCCAACGUUAAUACCGUAACAUUGCAUCACCACCAUGCACCCGACCAGCUACCAGCCGAACAUUUGCCUGAUUUCGACAUACUGCGGCAGUCCCCAGACUACUCACAGUCUACUUCACGAGCGGCCACUGCUUCUGCCGUGCACUCACCGACCACUCCCACCGCCACUCUUUCGGCAGCAGACAGCCCACACGUACCCACCUCUCCUAUUUCCUCACCACCGUCCUUCCACUCCGCCCAUACGACCAGCCCUCGUGAUAUUAGUCCCAUCCCGCCCGCACCUUCUCCUAAAAUUUGUCAUCCAAUGCAAACUCGUGCUAAAUCUGGCAUUUUAAACCUAAAAAUAUUUUUACUCUGAAAACAGAUAUUUCGGCAUGUGAUCCUUCUUGUUUUUCUAUGGCUAAUAAAGAUGUUAAAUGGAGGGUCGCUAUGGCAGAGGAGUUUAAUGCUUUAAUUGAUAAUCAUACGUGGGAUUUGGUUCCGUUUCACGCUGGCAAAAAUGUGGUUGGAUCUAAGUAGAUUUAUAAAACAAAUUUUAAAUCUGAUGGGUCUGUUGAGCGUUAUAAAGCACGCUUAGUUGCACAGGGAUUUACUCAGCAAGCUGGUGUGGACUUUUCUGAGACCUUUAGUCCUGUUGUCAAACCCACCACCGUGCGUAUUGUUUUAUCUCUUGCUGUUUCGUGUCGGUGGACCAUUCGUCAGUUAGAUGUCAAAAAUGCUUUUCUUCAUGGAAAUCUCACUGAAGAGGUUUAUAUGCGUCAACCUCCUGGCUUUAUACAUCAACAAUUUCCUAAUCAUAUUUGUCGCCUCAGGAAGGCAAUCUGUGGUCUCAAACAGGCUCCACGGGCCUGGUUUCUAUUGUUUCAGUAGUUUUUUGUUGACUCAUGGUUUUAUUUGUAGCAAGUCCGAUAAUUCUUUAUUUAUUUAUCGCCAUGGGUCACAUGUUCUUUAUCUGUUGCUGUAUGUAGAUGACAUUAUUAUCACUGGUAAUUCCCCUUCCUUUAUUUCUACAUUUAUCUCUUGUCUUGGCCGCUGUUUUGCCAUGAAAGAUUUGGGGAAUUUACAUUUUUUCCUAGGUGUCCAAGCUGUUCAAACGUCCUCAGGUUUGUUUCUGUCUCAAAAAAAAUAUGUGUCUGAUCUCUUAACCAGAUUUCAUCUUCACACUCUUAAACCAGAUUUCAUCUUCACACUCUUAAACCUGUUCGUACUCCGCUGAUGGUGAUCUUCUAGCUGAGCCUACGGAGUACAUAAGUAUGGUAGGUGCCUUACAGUAUUUGACAAUGACUCGACCAGAUAUUACCUUUGCUGUUCACUUGGUCUCUCAGUUUAUGCAUGCCCCUCGCACUUCACAUUUUUUGGCUGUUAAGCGUGAUUUCAGGUACCUUCAGGGAACUACAGAUCAUGGUUUGCUCCUACAGCCGAGUACUUCUCCUCCUAUUUUACAGGCAUACUCUGAUACUGAUUGGGCUGGUUGUCCUGAUAGCAGUCGAUCCACUUCAGGCUUUGCUAUUUUUCUGGGCCCUAAUUUAAUCUCGUGGAAAUCCAAGAAGCAGCCGACUGUCUCCCGCUCUUCGACGGAAGCUGAGUACAGGGCUAUUGCCUACACCGUUCAGGAUACUCUCCACAUCCGUUCUAUACUGUUCGAGUUAGGGGUGCCGAUUUCUCAGCCCGUGCGAUUGUUGUGUGAUAAUAUUUCGGCCUCUUACUUAUCUACAAACCCUAUUCAGCAUGCUCGGAGCAAACACAUCAGCAUUGAUUAUCACUUUGUUCGUGAGAGAGUCUCACAUGGAGAUCUGGUUGUUCGUUAUGUUCUGACACAGUUUCAGCUUGCAGAUAUUUUUACAAAGAGUCUGUCUCCACAGCGUUUUAUUUUUCUUAGAGACAAUCUGCGCAUUGUUUCCCCUCCACAGCUUGAGGGGGUGUAAUAGAGUAAUUAAUACCCAUUAAUUAGGUUUCCAUAUUUAUUAUGUUUCCUAUUGUAUUCAAGACUCUUUAUUAUAUAUAUGACAUCUAGGGCUACCUAUUGGGUAAGCCAUUCC